CGCUCGCUCGCACGCACGCACGCACGCACUCACUCAUUCAUUCAUGCGCACACGCAUCUUCCGCAUCUCCGUUUGCGCUCACUUCCACUCUCCGCGGCAGCCCUCGGUGAGAGAUCGCGUUCUUCCCUCUCCUUCUACGUGCCGACGAACGUGGUGCAGAGAAGAAGGGAAAAUCGCGGCGUAACCAGAUUAUUACCGCGCACGAUUCCCUUAGGAACGUGUUCGGUAGGAGCGAGAAAGAGAGAAAAAGCGAACCAGAGAAAGAGGGAGACCGAGGGAGAGAGAGAGAGAAAGAAGAGUAGUUCUGCUAUUUUCGAGACGCCGCACGGACGCCUUGCCAAAGCGCGUCUGCCUCUCCUCGGCUUCUCGACUCGAGAAAAAGCAACGGUCGACAGCGUGUCCGGAAGGUCGCCGCGGCGGCGAUCGGCGUUUCCGCGCGAUCCCAUCGCGGCCUCCGACGGCCACGAGGCGACGGAGACCGAGGUGCAUCAGCUGCAUCUGCCCGAGAUAUACCGCGACAUGGCGUGACCACGAGGAACGAGACGAUGUUUUGAUACACCUGGAAACGCGAGAGUGAACUCGGUGUCCGGCGUCGUUCGAACCUGGACUAUCGUGUGUCUCGGGAGCAAAAAAUCGAUAGAGAGAGAGAGAGAGAGAGACUUAAUUAUCCGGUCGCUCCCGAAAUUAAUCAAUCGAUCCCUCCUGAGGCAGAAGGAGAAGUUCGUCGCGGAAAGAUGACUCGACGGCCGAUGGGUCGCCGUCAGAGCUCGGCGACGUUCGAUCGUCUCCUCGAAGAUCGCCGGCCGUAAUCCCGCGGAAACGGCGGUCCUGGUUGACAGAGAAAGAAAGAAAGAAAGAAAGAAAGAAAGAAAGAAAGAGAGAGAGAGAGAGAGAGUCUUCUUCACAGUGUGUUUUUUCCCGCUUUCCCCGCGGGGUUCGGUGUUCGUUCCGUUAUUUCACGUGCGGGGCAAAAAAGGCGGCCGUAUCGCCGACGGCGGUAUUACGCGACGAGCGAGUGCUUUUACGAGCGCGAAACGAGUCCCCAGAGUUCCCCCCGGCCGUGAUAGCCACGAUAGCUCGACGAAGAAGGAGAGGAGAAAUCCAUCUCGCGGAUCGCGCGCACGUCGGCCUCGCGGAAUCGCCUUCCGCGCGAGGUUUAUUGCUUGUAAAACGCACUCGGCCGAUACGUGCGACUUUAGUUCUUGCGAAGAUAGAUAAGGCGGACACGCCGGGGAAGAGGAGGAGGAGGGGAAUCAACGAGAAAGAAGAAUUCGGUCAGUUCGACAGUGAGGAGGAUUUCGCCGCUCUUCUCGACGGCUCACCCGGGUGUUGCAUGCCUCUCGCGCAAAGGAAUGCUAUCGAGAGGGAGAAUCGAAACGUGAGAUCGACUCGAGAAAGAGAUAGAUAGAUAGAGAGUGAGUGAGUGAGUGAGUGAGUGAGUGAGUGGGUGAGUGAGUAAAAGUUUGCUUGAAUGAGGUUGACUCGCGGAGGGUGGCGGGAAUAGAUGAACGAUGUGCGUGGCGGCGAUCGAUAGCCAUUGAGUACGCACGAGGCACGUCGAGGUUCCUCGGACGGCAAGGACGUCGAGAGGUGGUAAAGAGAGAAAAAUAAGGAAUAUCCGGAGAAAAGCGAGCCUUUGAGAGAGGGCCAGGAGGCGGAGGAGGAUCGAGCGAGCGCGUCGCGCGCGCUAAAAACGCGAGGCGUCCGCGCGCGGCGGAAGAGAAAAGGAGAAGAGAGAAAGAGAGAGGAAAAUGCGAGCGGCUGAUCGACGAUCGAGAACGGCCGACGAUCGCGUCGCCGCCGCCGAGAAUGGAGGAUAAAUUUAUCCGUCGCCGGUGGAAUGCGGCAGAAGCCAGCGAGAGGAAGAAGAAGAAGAGCACAACGCGGCGCCCGCAGUCGGCCCGAAGUCGCGCCGCACUCGCGUUUCCGGUGUAAAUUUAACCGCGAUGAUCCGCACGGUUUCGCAAUUAGCCGCGAUCAUGGAUAUCACCGAGCUUAAUCGGAGAGUGUACGAUGUUGGAAGGUGGACGUGCAGUGAUCUGGCUCCUAGUAUCAGCCCUUCGAGCUGCACGCCACCCGAACGAUUCACGUACUAACCUAGUUGCACCUGUGUUUGAACCCACCAGUUGCAGGGUACUGCACCGUAACCCCAUGACGCCUUUAACACAUGGCCCGCCUAGAGAUACCGAGCAUAGUGGUGUAUAAAGGAAGCAGGUCGCAGGACCGACCUGGGAGUCCUACGGUGGUGGUGCGAGGAGGAAUGCCCUCACUGCCAUCCUCCAGGCAAGGCCUCGCCGUAAGUGGCUCCGGUGCACCUCACCAGAACGCCUCGGAGUCGGAUAUGAUAGACGGGAAUGCCAACCCCAACGUCGGCACCGCCCCCGCAUCGAACUCGCUCCAUCAUCCCGCGCCUUCCUGCCCGCCCGACAAAUCGGACACCGAGAGCAAGAACUUUCGCAACCGGACAAACACGAAACUGAAGUUGCUGGUCAGAAGCCAUGCCAUGAGAGAGUCGACGUCUCCCCCGCGGGAGCCGCACAACGGUCCACCGUCGCCGCACAGUCCGCAGUCGGCGGACGGCGAGAAGAAGAUAGUGUGCAGCCUCUCGCCGAAUCCCACCGGCGCCAAACUCAACAACAACGAGUCGAUGUUCAACAGCAACCUCUGUCCCGCUCAAUCCCCCAAGCAGAUGCGCAACACGGCGACCUCGCCGACCUGCCGGGCACCGUCGCGAAAUGGUCAAUCUAGUCCCUCUCAGGUACACUCACCAAAGAACAUCACUUCUCCGACCAACGGCAAUAAGUUGGAGAACCACCGCUCGAAGAUCACGGGCACGAAUAUCAUCCAGAAAUGCAAUAACUGCGUGAAGAACAAUCAGAGCGACCGGCCGGGCCUGCUGCAGACCCCGGUGUCGCCGUCCAAGUCCGGCCAGGCGCUGCAGCACUCGCCGAAGAGCACGAAUCUGGCGCCGAACGCGCAGAACAAUCAGCACAAGUCCGAGCAACGCAGGCCGAACACCUUGAACAUCUGUAACAACCAGUGCUCGGCGCAGUGCGGCAACACGCUCUCGGUGAGCAGGCCGGCCUCCAGGCACAAGCUGAGACACCAGAACUCCUCUCAGGGUAGCUACGACAGCGCGUCGCCAUGCCUCUCACGCGACAGCAGCACGGAGCUGUACACGGACAGCACCGGGAUAGAUCUGGAGCAGUUCAUCGCGGAGACGAUAAACCGCAAUCAGAAGGACCGCACGGUGCUGUUGAAGAUCGAGAAGGAUCUGAUCGAGUUCGCGAAGGACCGGCAGAAGGUGUCCCACAAAUUCCCGAACAUGUCGUCGUACAACAGGAUGCUGGUUCAUCGCGUGGCGGCUUACUUCGGCAUGGAGCACAACGUGGACCAGUCGGGUCUGAGUGUCAUCGUGACCAGGACGAAGAACAUGCGGAUACCGGACACUCGUUUCAAGGAGCACAUCAGGGACGACCUGAUCCUGUCGGAGGAGCCGCGGCGGAGCAUUCUGAAGCGGGACUCGAGCUCGUUCGAGGACAGCUUCAACUUCAAAUCGCCGGACCGGAUGUCGGGCGACUAUUGCCGGCGGAGCAAGAGCUUCGAGGAACGCGAGGAGGAGUACGAGCGCGCCAGACGGAGGAUAUUCAAGGACAGCAGCGGCGAGAGCAGCGAGGUCACCUCUUGGCCGUGGUCCUCGUCGGAAAGUUCGGACGCGUCGGCAAGGUAUCGCUUGCUACACCCUUCGGAUCACUUAAUUAGGCAAAACCGGUUGCUGAAGGGCGAAUCCUUCGACGGGAGGGACUCGUUCCGCGGCGCGGUGCUGCGCCCUUCCGUCUCCAAGUCCUUCAGCUUCGGCGGAUACACCAAGGGCAUGCUGUCGAGAGGGGAUAGCGUCACGUCUACGCACAGCGCAGGAGCUCGCCUCAUGAAGCAAGAUUCGGGGGCUAGUAUGUGUUCACGCUUGAGUCCAUCGAGCAGCGGCUACAAGUCGCAGAGCCAACGCAGCGACGCGACGAUAUCACCUUCUCCGUCGCCCUCCCCCGUGGCCGCCAUGACGUGCAGCCAUACUCAAGUAUCUAGUCAAGACUUGGCGUCGCCGGAGUCGAACGGCCAGCAGACGGUGAUGUGGGCGGUCACCAGUAUAUCCAGCGUGCCGCCCGGCAGCAUCAUCAUAAACCCGCAGACCAACCAGCCGUACACGAACGCGGACGGCAGCAUCUACCGCUUCGACCCGGACAACCCGCCCAAGUUUUUCACGAUCGAGAACGAGAACGGUCACGCCUCGAACCCCUCGUCCAACUCGGUGAACAAGCACGCGGAGCUGACCACCACCGUCGAGCCGUCCAGAACGACGAACAGCUCGUGCAAGAACGACGGCAAGAAGCAGCGUUCGCAGUCGAAGAGCAACGCCGCCAGCAACGCGCCAACAACCGUCACCCAAGUGACGAACAGUGCGACGUCGCCGAGUCUGCCGUUCACGCCGCCGCCGCCGCCCCCGCCUCCUCCGCAGAACCCACCCAUUCCGCAGCAACCGCCGCCGCAACCGCAGCAAAGUCUAGUCAAAUCGUCAUCAACGGUGCAGACGUGUAGUCAUAACCAAACGGCUCAACCGUACGCGACCUAUGUACCUACCUCAGAACCGUACAACCAAGGUGUCUAUCCGCCUCCCAUGGGGCAACCGACUGUGAUGAUGGCGCCUCAUCCGACUCAGGGUCAAGCAAGCGUACAGAACGGCGGCCAAGGCGAGGUUCUCUUCAAUCAGAAUCAGAUCUAUGCCAAUUACGCGGUACCGGUGCACCAAGGACCGGUACCACAGUCAGGGGACGUGGCCGAGUUGUCCGGCUAUUUCCUGGGGAUGAACAUCUACGAUCAGCGCGGCGGCGGGGAGAAUCACUCGUCACCGCCGCACUCGUAUCCGCAACCUCCGCCAUCCACGAAUCAGACCGUGCAGAACGUGCAGACGGUGCAGCCGAAUUACUGGCAACCACCGCCGAAUCAAAUGCCGCGGCAGGCGAAUUCCUUCCAGCCCCAGCAGACGAUGUACUUCGUGCCACCGCCCGGAACGACGAUCUCCGUCGGCCAGAAUCCGGGUGACAGGCAGCAGCUGCACCAACAGCAGAGGUUCCCGACGAAUUACUCCUUCAACGCGCAAACGAUGACUCCUCCGAGCCAAGCGAAUUCUAAUUACGUGGGCAGUUAUCCGGUACCUUACAAUUCCGUGCCGGCGGUAACCCCGUCACCGGGCGACUAUACGUAUCAACCUCCGGUCCAUAUGGUUCCUACGUAUUAUCCGCCGGGACAACCAGCGGCGAUGCAACCACCGCCUGUGAUGUACCGAGUACCAACACCACCGAACACACCGACGUCCAAUCAGAUACCCGGUAUGCCGCUGAUGUAUGUCAACUCGAGCAGCUACGCACCGCCGGUAAUGUCCGGCGGCACGUUUGGACACCACCAGGUCGCUCACAAUGGCACGUCCCCGGCGCCGCCCAGCGCGUACAUGGCAUCCACGCUGGUUCCCAAUCUCGUCUUCAGACAAAACGUUCCUGUCGUUCCCGGUGUUCGAGCGACGACGCCAGGUAACUCCCAGAGAGCGAGUCGGUCGCCGACUCCGGCGCAUGAGCUCUUCGGAGGUGGGAACGGGGACAGAAGCGCACAACCACAACCGCGUUACCCACUGCCAAUGUAUCAGGGUGUCCAUAUCGUGCCAGGGGAUAUGAGAUUGAUGCAUCCUGGCGUACCAACCAAUUCGCGGUUGCAGUAUGCACCAGUAUCAUCACCGCCUGUUGUUCAAGGCUGCCCACGGCCGUACAGGCCGCCUUCGUAUUCAUCUAACACCUCGGGAGGCGGCACUCCGACUUCCUUCGACGGCAGAAAUCCGAAGAUCCGCAAACAGAGGUCCAAAGUAGCCACCUUACCACCGACCGGCGCGCGGCCCAACCUCUAUCAGACGCCCUCCGUGCCGUCGCUCGCGUCGAACGUGCCCAAGGACAUCAGAGAAGGAACGGUGAAGGUGACAAUCACCCGUCGGAACCAGUUGGUACAGUACUGAGGGGGCGAGAAGGGGGACGAGAGCGGCGGGAAGAUACGCGUAACAUCGCCGGUGCAGCGCGAAUUCGGCACCCUCGCAGCCGAGGUGAUGAAGAACCGGACUCGGCGGACCCACUUUACCGUCAGACACACGAGUACUACACGCUGCAUAUUAAUUGUUAUCCUAAAUUAAUUCAAGAGAGUCACAGAGCCGCCACGCGGCCCGAAGCGAGGGAAUGAGCGAAUAAGGAUAGCGUCUCUGUGACGCGCGUACGUAUGGGAAAUAAGUGGUGAGAGGAGGCGAGAUAGUACACACACACACACACACACACACACACACACACACACACACAUGCCGUAACGCGGAUUUCUUUUACCGUCUUUCCGCGAGAACGCGAGAGGAACGAGGAGCGAAAUUCGAAAAUCCUUUUUCAAACAUGAAAUCCACGCAGUCACGCUCGAUCAAGUCUGAAUUUACCAUGACAAGAAGGGCGAGAGGAGCGAAAAGGCGGGAAUGAUAAUUCAGAGGAAGGAGAGAAGAGAAUAAAAGAGAAAAAAGAGAAAAUGAUUAUUAUACGUGCGCGAGUUCCGUAAAGAGAACGAACGAACGAACCAGUGGUGUACCGAAUAGUUACGGGAGAAAAGAUUUUAAUUACUAUUACGAUUAUUAUAUAUAUAUAUAUAUAAUACUUGAAGAUAUUUUAACUGCGGUUUUACAGAUACUAUAUGAAUGUGAGAUUUACAUUUAAGAAGCAUUACCUCUAAGAUCAGAGCAAACACUCAACACACAAACCCACACGGCAGACGUAUAUAUACGAAUUUCCCGGUGGGAAGUCACGGUUAUCGCGUCGACAAUUUUUCCGAUACUCCUUCACCGGAUGAUUAAAAGUAAUAAUGGAAAAAAUAACAAACAGGAGAAAAAAAACUACACACUUUACUGAGUACGUUUACAAAAAGGGGAAUCUCACAAACCCGAGUUUCCUGGAAAUCGGUGUCGAUCGUUCCCCCCCGAAGGGAACUGUUCCACCACCUGAUCUACCUACCUACCAAUCUACCUACCUACCGAUCUAUCUAUACCCGCUGAUUUUGAUACGCGCUGCCAUCGCAUCGGUCAACGAACAUUGCGUUAACGUCUCAUCGCUGCCCGUUUCGAGUCCAUUUUGAACGAAGUUAUUUGCUACCUCAUCGUGAAUAUCUAUAUACGAAAAUUCUAAAAGUUGCCGCGCGCGUUGACGAUGCCGCACACGUUCAUUCGUACACACACACAUACACAUACACACAUACAACAUCAACUCUCUCUCUUCUACGCUUCUCUAUCCGAACACGUGUCUCUAUUGUACGCGAGCGAUAGGUCACUUUUACGCACCACGAAGAAAAGUUUACAUCUGAUUUCUAUGAAAAAGACGUAUACUCGAGAAUUUUUAUUAUGUUUUAUCGAAAAAAUCGAUACGGAAAAAAAACUAUACAUACGUACACAUACGACGCGGCGUCGAUACAUGCCGCGUGUAAGGACGAAAGCGGGUAACGAUACGAUUAUAUUCGAAAAGAGGAGGAGGGGGGAGGAAGGAGGAAGAGGAGACAAAGAUACGCUCGGAUCUAAACGUUUUUAACACUCACACGACGUUCUCUCUAAGGUUCAAAGUAGACACGUCUAAUCGGGACACAACAACCCUAUCCUAUCGUCGCGAGUUCCAAAUGAGUUAUAAGCAGUGUGUGUGUGCGUAACUGACCAUAAGUUAAGUAAAUAUGUAAACGGUAUUCAGUACACGGUCUCUGUGUCUCUAGUUUUGAGCGGUAGUUAAGUAGCGUAAAGCCAUCACAGUCUCCUGAUUCCACGUGAAACGAACCACCACCGAUAUUACCCGGUACUCUCUCUCUCGUGGAGAAAGAUCAUCGACGAUCAUUAUUACGUAUCGACUUCUCUCCUUCACGGGGAAAAAAAGGAUUGGUCGAAUCGACGCAACGUGACGUGACUUGGCGCGUUUCCCAGGCAGGAGAAACGGAAUUUCCACUUCUUUAUUUCGUAUCAUCGAACAUUACGUUUGGAUGGUUCAAACUCAUUAAUCGUUUCGACAUGCUAGCAGAUGAAUUAUCUCAUUUUACUCAUCUCUUUCACAUGUCUCAAAGCUUAGAAACAAAUUAAGUUUGUUAUUCGUAGAAACGUAGGUAAAAGUACCAACGCCUAAACAUUCUUAUUGUUUUGGUCUUCGAGUGCGAACGUUUAAACUUUCAAUAGAGUAAUAGACAUAUAUAUUGAGUUUACAACAUAUAUAUAUAUAUAUAUUCUAUGUUGAAUGUUUAAAUAUUACAAGCAUUUAAAGACCACAAAAUAAUAAAAACGUCCAGAAUUAGGAAUUUGUCCAGGCGUUGAUAUCUUCGAUCUCAGGUUUGGUUGCCUUAGAUCUUUUUUGCUAUCCCCAUCGUCACUUUAUGUACUUUUCUUUCUAUCAUCCUCCCUUAUUUAUUUAUUUUAAAAAAGGAUUUUUCCCCGUUUAUGCUAUAAAUAAGUAAAUAAAAUUUCCGAAUUCGUAAGAGCCGGAAAUUCCGUUUCCUCUACGCCGACACGCGCCAAGUAACGCCACGUCACGCGACUUCCACCGAUCUUUCCUUCCGUGUGUUCGAUUCGUACACCGUGUGACUAAUUUCGGCGACUUCUUUGUUUCUCCUUUCGGAUCCAAAUCGGCAAAUCCGCUUCGAGAUAUAUCCGGCCGAUAUACCCGACUUUCACCAAUCACCGUCGAGUAAUUCGUCUUCCAGUAAGCGCAGCACACUUCGCGCAACAACUCUCACGAGUGUCCCUUUUCCGUUAACCCUUCGGUCACGCGACAGACGUACUUCUCGCGCACGCACAGAUACACACACACACACACGCACGUACAACACACACCGUUCCAACGAAAUAGAAGCGUACACGCGAUUAUCAUGCAACAGCUGUAGCGGUGAUGGUGACACGCGGUCCGUGGUUAAUUAAUAACGUCUCAGUCUGUGAAAAAACAAAAGAAAAAAAACUAUUGUAGGCGAAGCAACGCGGGCGCGCCUCGCACCGUCGAGGAACCACCACCACCACCGCGGUUGGUGCGUGUCGUUUUACUUUUGCGGGCCGACGCCGCGAGAACCUGUGCACUCCCUCUCUUUCACGCGUAGAUAGAGCGUAGAAGAUCGCAAGAAAAAAAAUAAUAUAUACUAGCUAGGUAUCCUCAUACACGCGCGCGCACGCGACACACACACAUACACACACCCACACACCAUCAGUCGUUAUUUUUCGUAGAAGGUAGUGAGAACACGACGGGAUCGCGCGAGAGCUGCCCACGUUGCUCCGCGACACACAAAAACCAAGUGGAAUCCAUCCAGAAGCUUCGCUUACGGUGAUUGUACUUCAGAACGUAGGUGAAGGUGUGCCUAUCUUUUUAUGACACAGUUUAAGUAAGCGAGAGAGGAGGAACAAACGCGCGCGCUCGCUCGUACGGAAAUUUUUACCCGCCCUCGGCCGGGUAACGUAAAAGCUGACCAUGACGGGGGGGNGGGGGGGGGGGAAUAGAAGAAAGAAGCUCGGAGGGUGAGGUGCGCGCGCGUGACAAGGAUUUUAAUCUCGUUAUAGGCUUUAAAAAACUAGAGGAACGAGGAGGGAACGAAAGAGACCUGAUCGCAGAUAACUAAAGCGAGAAGUUAUAAGUAAACACACACACACACACACACACACAGUCACACACGUACAUACUCGAUUAUAAAGAGAUGGGCGCACAAAAGCAUAGUAUUUAACUGUACCUAAGAAAAAAAAAACGUCGUCGUAGUGAUUAAAGAAGAUGAAGAAGAAGAUGAAAAAGAAAAAAAUAAUCGUACCUAUUAAAAAGAGCAGUUCACGCAUCUCCUUAAGAUAAAUAACGAUAAGCGAGAAGAGAAGGAGGAGGAAGAAGAAAAUGAAGAAGAAGGAGGAGAAGACGAUGUGAGGAGGAAUAGAUGACCGGAAGGGGAGAAAAAAAGAACCUACAUCGGCCGCCAACGGAACCGCCACCAAGUAUCGUCCGACACCCUCACGGCACCACAUAUAUUAUAUAUUUUGUAAGCGAUCGCGAUUAUAUUCAUGUGAUUUACCGACUAUUUCUACGAUGACCGGUUUGAAGGAGGGGGGGGGUGGAAGGGGGAAUCGUACCAGAGGGUGUGAUAGAUUAUACGUGUAUGUGCGCGGGCGUGUUUGUACAGUGUACGAUAAUAUAAUUUCGCGCGGACGUUACUUGUUAGGCCGUCGCUUCUUUACGUGCGAUAGCUAAAACGAUACUAGACGAACCAAAAAUGCAACACUCAUUCACACACACACACACAGACGGCAAGCGAAUGAUCGCGUAUACUCAUUUCCCGUUUCGUUGGUAUGCUUUUCCCGCGCAUUCGACACACCUGUUCGCCGUCGCGCCGUACGAUGACUGCGCGUUCGCACGUUUUCACGCGGAUUCGAACGGUAAUCGCUGGUUUGCGCUCGUGGAUCUGCUUGAUCUUCGCGAGAUGAGAUAUCACGACACGAUUGUCAAUUGUUAUUCUAAUCGACCUUCUAAUCGUCGCUCGCUCGCGGCGUUUGCACAGCGGAUUUCGUUACCGAGAGGAGCGGAGGAGGGAGGCGCGCGGCGGUAGGUGCGGCGAAUCGUGCGAUCAACCUGGUCGCUCGACUGAUUUUUUGUCAUUUCCCCGGAAUAUUCUAAAGAGAUCCUCGUGAGAUGCGAAGAGAAAAGCGCGCGCGAGAGGCGGUCGAGAUCGGCUCUCGCCUUAAAAAAAAGAGAAUCCUAAGAGUACGAGAACGCGAUGAAGAGCGGAGGAGAACGGGUAUUAUAAGUGUCGUGAAACUUGCAAGACCUCAUCAAUUCGUUUCCUACUAUUUUUGUAUGCGACCGUAAGGCGAUUGUUAGCGGCGAGCAAUAAAUCGACGAGUCGACACGGCGUGGCGCAGGAAGCGAGAAGGAGCGAGCCUUCCGCGAGGAAGAGGCCCGUGCAUGUCGGACUGGACGCUGGAAAUUAAAUCUUUGACGAUUAGAGCUCGACCAAUGAGAAUUAAACAGGUCGAGGUCGAUGUUGAUAGGCUCGUUGAAUUCGAAUCUCGAAUGUGCAAUCUGUAGUCCCAAUAAACGCCGACCAAAAAUAUUAAUAUUAUAUAAUUUCCCACUUUUUCAACGGUACGUAACUGUUUUAUAUAUAUAAAAGCUGAUAUAUAUACGCAGUAAACGUCAACUAAUAACAUAACAUCAAUGUUGUAAUUACUACAUUGUUGAGUUGGAAAUUGUAACAUUGAUGUUAUGUUAGCGUUAAUUGGUAUUUACUGGAUAUAUGUUACAUUGCAUUUACACUAUUGGACGCGUUCCGAGAUCUUAGAAUAGAAUCCGACCGAUGGAGUAGCAUUUGAUUGACCGAUCAGGACGAAAAAGAAACAAGGAUCUCUCUAUCACGAUUGGUUACUUAAAUGCUACUCCGCUCGUCAAGUAGGAUUUCGAAACGCAACCACCGAGGGAAAUUAGCGAGACGCUAUCUAGUGAUAAAUCACGACAUUGGCGUUAUUUCCCACUGAACGGUGUAAGUGCAACGAAUGCUGGUAUGUGUAACAGCCGCACCAUUGGGAGUGGGAAGUCAGGACGUUUGAACGUUUUAAUAUUACUCGGUGUUUACUGGGAUCUUUGACAUCCCGCCUGAUACGCGGACGCGAAGUCGAUUCUCUCACGGCUCUCGUCCUUCCGAUCCGUCCGGUCGGCUCACGAGCGCGCAUCCUUCGAGGAUCCGCGUCCUCAGCGACAGCUGAAUCACACACACACACACACAAACACACCUGUUCUGUAUAACGAGAGCAAUCCUGUACGUUUCAGCCGCGCGCUCGCGGACAUCGUCUAGACCAUUCGCGGCAGAACAAAAAAAA